AUGUUCCGCUCUCUGCUAGCUGUCAGACAAUCUGGUCAGCAACAACGUUCCAUGUUGAGAACUUCCGUGAGAAUGAUCAGAACAUUCAAACAAGAAGAGCAACCAAGACUUAGAAUCAAUUCUGCCGCUCCCAACUUUACGGCACCUUCGACGCAGGGUCAGUUGAACCUGCACGAGUACUUGGGCGACUCGUGGGGUGUCUUUUUUUCACACCCAGCGGACUUCACACCCGUGUGUACGACUGAAUUGGGGGCCUUUGCCAAGCUGAAACCCGAGUUUGAGAAGCGUAACGUCAAACUUAUCGGUCUAUCGGCCGAAGAGGCGGACAAGCAUCAAACCUGGAUCAAGGACAUCGAGGAAAUAAGCAGUCUCGACAAGUUUUCGUUCCCUAUCAUUGGCGACUCCAGCCGUGAAGUGGCGUUCUUGUACGACAUGGUGGACGAAGAAGGGUUCAAAAACCUCAACAAGGGCAUUGUGGCGACCAUUAGAAGCGUCUAUGUGAUCGACCCUGCCAAAAAGGUGCGUUUGAUUAUCACAUACCCAGCUUCCGUGGGUAGAAACUCCAGCGAGGUUUUGAGGGUUAUCGACGCUUUGCAAAAGGGUGAUUCCAAGGGCGUUGUCACCCCUAUCAACUGGCAGCCGGGUGAGGAUGUUAUCAUUCCUCCUACUGUCUCUGACGCUGACGCCAAGACCAAGUUUGGUGAGUUCAAGACUGUCAAGCCAUACUUGCGUUACACCAAGGCCUAA